AUGCAAACGCCAUUUCUCCAUCUCUACAAAAGCUUCAUUUCUUCUCCACCUUCAUGCCAAACUCACAAUCUAUACUCUGGAUUUCAAAAUGCGCUUCUACUCCCUCCAAUCUGCAAUUUCCGGCGACCGAACGAUCUCGUCAGGAGACGAAUCGUCGCGCAAAGCUACAAACCAAACGACGGAAACAGCCGUCCUGGAAGCAAAUCGAAAGCGACAUUGAAGGGUAGCAAAGACAAUACAUGGAGCGUCGAUAACGAAAUCGCGGAGAUUGAGAAACGUAAGCGGAAGCCAAAGGGGAAGAGGAGAGGGAAGAGAUUAGCCGGAGGAAGAAAGGGCAGGAUUUUGGUUUCGGCAACGAUGUUAAUCGAGACUGAGACUGUUCUUCAAACUCAGGAGCCUGUGAUCAAGCCAAUUUGGAGAACAUUUGCGAGCAGUGUAAGUGGGAUAUGGAAAGGAGUAGGAGCUGUGUUCUCUCCGAUAACAGCAGAGAUGGAGCCGAUUGAAAUUGGGAAGAAGAACGAGAAUCUCUACGAUUGCUACACUCUUUCUCGGAUUGAAGCGUCGCCGUCUCCUUCCGGAGGAGCAUCUGAGAUACAGAGGAGAAUCAAUUGGGUCACUUUGAAUCCUUACGGAGAGCUUUUCCAGGUUGCUGAGAGUAAAGAUGAGAUAUUGGUUGACCAGAGUGGUGUAGAUAGCCGUUUGCCUAAGUUCGAAUCUUUUAACUUGAAAGCUAGUGAUGUCAUGGAAGAAGACUCCAUGGGAGACGAGCCUGGCCUCGUAUACUUCGAGGAUGGAUCGUAUUCGAGAGGUCCAGUGACAAUCCCUGUUGGAGAGAUGAGUGAAUCGAACUAUUACCUCACACCGACUUUCAAGUUUGAACAAUGUCUGGUGAAGGGUUGUCAUAAGAGACUGAGAGUAGUGCACACAAUAGAAUUCGCCAAUGGAGGUGCAGAUAUACAGAUAAUGAGAGUUGGUGUUUACGAAGAACAGUGGGUUAGUCCUGCAAAUUACGAAGAGCAAAGUGACAACGACGCACCGUUGGAGUUAAAGCCAUUCUCACAGAGGAAACGGACGCAACCAUCAGAGCUAACAGGAUCAUGGAAAGUAUUCGAAGUGAGUGCAACACCAAUCUAUGGAGAAGAAGACGUUUUCGAGAUGUUAGGUGAAAGCAGUGAGACCACUCCGUAUGUGUACCUGUGCACGGAAGCUUUGAAAAGAAGGAAUUUACCGGAGAGUUCGGUUUCGUUUAGAGAGGAAGAGAUGGUAGAUAUGCAAGACGUGUCGGUGAUGUGGCUACCAGGUGGCGUGACUGCUUACGUGGAUGUGAAGAAAGAUGGAGUCUUGUGCGUUGGAGUUGGAUGGUAUUCAGAUGAAGGGAUGAAUCUUGUGAUGGAGAGAGAUUAUGGUUUGGAUGGGAAUCUUAAAGAAGUUCGAUCCAAAUCUGAAAUGAAGAGACGAUGGACAGACGAACACAAGUAA